GCCUGCGCCCGCAGUCAGGAAGGACCCCGCAGACGCCUCGGGGGCGUUCCUGCCCCGAAGGACAACCCUCCGCCUGAGGACCGGCUCAGAGGAGUGCCAGCCAUGGAGACAGGAAGGCCCGAGAUGGAGUUGUGGGUCCCCAAAAUAAGGCGCGGCUGUUCCAAAGAAAGUAUGACCCGAGGAGGCAUGAAUCUGAUCAGGCACCUCGGAGCCACCCCGAAAAGGGGCCUUCGAGAAGAUCACGUGGGCAGGCUGUUGUGGCAGUUGCUGAGCAACCACAGCUGCUAGAAGUAGAUUGCGCUGAGCGCCCUCUUUCCCUGAUGUUUCAGGGGAUCCCCAAAGAAAGCAAGGGAUCCGAGACCCGGGCUGCUGGGGUGAAGUUCCCGGUGACUGAAUUAGGGAGGCGGAAGGGUUAGUUUCUCUCUCAGUUCAGCUAUUGGGGAUGAUUUAGAACUAGCAGGAACCGGGACGCCGGAAUUCAGUUCUGGCCCUUGUUGGCGCUUGGUUGGUUUCUCCGCGUUGGUGGCUAUUGGGCUGGAUGCGGGCCGCCUGCUUUCCGAAGGCUGUUGAUGAUGACUCCGCCACAAAAUCUAGCCUAAUCCACCAGGAGGUUAAAGAGAGAUUUUACAGCAAAUAAAUGUCAAAGACUAGAACCCAUAUAGAUAACCUGCCUGCAGAUAACGCAGAGGCUACAGAAGUAUAGUGGCAGGACUAAAGAGAUUGCCCGAGUCCGUGGGGACCUGUGCUCCAGCCCUGGGCUGGACAGAGGGAUUUGAGGAUAGGGAUCAUUGACCCCCUUCCUCUGCCACUUCUUCAUUUCCUGCUCAGUCAUUGCAUCUGGUUUGGGUGAAAAGUAUCCUUCCCCAUUAAAGACGUUUAAUGCAGGGUUAGAUUUUAUUCUAGAGCUCUAUAGUACCUGACAAUAGUUCAGCUUUUGUGUGAGGUCCUUUAUCCCAAUAACUAGCUAUAAAGUAAAGGAACCAAAUUCUGAGAUCCAAAAGCCUCAGCGGAAGCAAAAAAAUUAAAAUAUUUUUAGAGGCAGAAAACAAAACACAGGGCUCCAAAUUCUGUUUUCGGUGACAAGUCUUGUGCAAGUCCCCACUGUACAACUCAGCUCCCCUCUGUAAAGUAAAAAACUAGAUUUCUGUAUCACUAUCCUCUUCACCAAGAUAAGUUAAGUAACGAGAUACCCAGAGUGCUUUUGGGUCAUUUUGUGGGCUGGCAAAGAAUCCAGAGGCUUCCUCUUCCCCCCUGACGAUGACCCUAUGCUCAUGUCCAUUCCCUUUGCUUUCCCAGGCACAGGUCAUGGAAAGGAAUGACAUCAUCGACUUCAAGGCUUUGGAGAAAGAGCUGCAGGCUGCACUUACUGCUGAUGAGAAGUACAAGCGGGAGAAUGCUGCCAAGUUACGGGCAGUGGAACAGAGGGUGGCAUCUUAUGAGGAGUUCAGGGGUAUUGUCCUUGCUUCACAUUUGAAACCUCUGGAGCAGAAGGACAAGAUGGGAGGGAAGAGAACUGCACCCUGGAACUGUCACACUACUCAGGAAAGCACCUCCCAGGAUGAGGGCACUGAAAUAUUCCAGGAGAAAACACUCUUCCAGCCCGAGACCUCAGCAGAGUUCUACCGCGAUUGGCGGCGACACUUGAGGAGUGGGCCAGAGCGCUACCAGGCCCUGCUGCAGCUCGGGGGCCCAAGGUUGGGCCGCCUCUUCCAGAUGGAUGUGGGGUUUGGACUUCUAGGGGAGCUGCUGGUGGCACUGGCUGAUCAUAUGAGGCCAGGUGACCGGGCGGCCAUUCUUGGGAUCCUGCACAGCCUGACCAGCACUGGGCGCUUCACCUUGAACCUGAGCCUGCUGAGUCAUGCAGAGAGGGAGAGCUGCAGAGGCUUGUUUCAGAAGCUUCAGGCCACGAGCGUCCCCAGACCCACGGCCGAGGGGCUCAGCCAGGAGGAGCAGCGUCUGGAGGAGCAGUCUGGUGGGCCCCAGGAGGAGGAGGGGCUCCUGCAGGAGCUACUGGGGCUGUACCAGGUGAAUUGAUAGGACCAGCUGCCUUCAGAGGUCCCCAGUUGUCGUUCAGGCAUUUUUCAUUGGUUGUUGUCUUGAGGGCACUAGGACUGUAAUGAGAAGCCUACACCUGAUUAUCUUCUCAACUUGGAAUUUUCACAGCAAAAACAGGCAUUGAGUCUUCCCCACUUUGUCAGUCCCUCUGUGGCUAUGUAUUUUGAACUAUCUGGGCAGUCAAGGGCCCAAGAAGUUGAAAGCAGUUUUGUUUCCCACCCUUAGACGGCGCUCUUAGAGCUUGCCAAGCCUUUAGUCCGCUGGCCCUGAGAGAUGGGCAUGUUCCCAACCAAAUCCUGGCUACAAUUACACCCUCCACUUAAAGAGAGGUAAAAGCAAAGUCGUCCAUCCUCCAUGGUAAAUAACUACUGAUCUCCAUAGCCUCAAUAAGAAUAUUUAUAAUCCAAAACCAAUGAAUGGAUGUUUGAUCAAUGAAUGCUCAAAUGCUACCCCAUUUGGGGUGCAGCAUUUCUCAACAGGGACUGAGUUCCUGUGCGGCUGGGUCUGGGAAAGCCCCAAGCUAUCAGCUCAGGCCUGGCCAGUCUCCCGGGCUUCUUUAGAUGGCCAGAUGUGCAAGCAUAUGGGUUUCUUCCAUCUCUUGAAUUGGCAAAAGGGAAGAUUUUUCCACCAGGCAUGUGGACCAGGGCCUGGAGCAGUGAGGUGGACAUUUCCUUGUCCCAGCGCCUAGGCUCUUGCCUCUCAUUCCGAUUUCUUCUGACCCAUUCUUGGGUGAGUGCCAGUGUUCUAGAAUGGUUUUCCUAUGAGACCAGGUCUGGAACAUCAGAAGGGCAUCUUGUACCUGAACUAGGAAUAAAUUGUCUUGCCUUUGGCAGCUUCCUCUGCA